ACAAUCAUGCUUAUUCCCUCCCCCAAGAAAAAAAAAGCAGGAAUGAAACAGAUGUAUCGGUAGGUAGUGCUGAGGAUUGAUAACAAGUCGCACGCCAAGCUCAUAUUUUCGGGUUUUAUUUUUAUUGUUUUACUUCUAUUGAACAUCCUCAUGUUAACGUUUAACCGUAUAGACUUAAACCUUUUUAACCUCUCAGUCUUGUUAUCAUUCGGGACCAUAUGCUGACAAAACCGAGGGCAAGAAAAAAGAAAAAGGAAAGGAAACGGCAGUUAUUGAGGUUGCCUGCGCCGGAGGACGAAGGGGGCCAGCGAAUAGUAACUGUGGUGCCGAGGAGGAUAUUCACACUCAACGUGACAGUGCUGACUAAUAAGACGCAGAAAGUGAGGAUAAUCUGGGGCCAAGGAAAGCCGAGACAAUCUCCUGGGUGGAAGAAGGCAAGUGCGAAAAACACCACGGCGACAUUGAACACUCGCGUGAAUCAUCUACUAUCCACAUCCCAGGGAGUGGUGCUGGAGCUUACAGUGGGAAGAGCAGAUGGAGAAGGUGCAUGGAUGGAAGAAGGCCAAAUACCUGGUGCUGGCUGAGGCGUGCAGAGAAAGUGGCUGGAGGCCCGUUUGAGUCAACUGUAGUUGGGCUUGUACGGGCUGUCCUGGACGAUGGGUGCGUCAGGGAUUCAAGCUCCUCGAGAUUCAAAGUUGCUGUUGAUUAAAAACACUGCUUGGACACAUACCUGGUUAUGAUCAUCCCCAUUUGGGUCUUCCAGACUUUUAAGGAUGAACCAUUUAUCCUUUAGCGAGCUAUGCUGCCUGUUCUGCUGUCCGCCGUGCCCCAGCAAAAUCGCCUCCAAACUGGCCUUUCUGCCCCCAGAGCCAACUUACAGCCUCAUGUGUGAUGACAGUGGCAGCAGAUGGACCCUGCAUCUAUCGGAGCGAGCUGACUGGCAAUACUCGUCCCGGGAAAAGGACGCCAUCGAGUGCUUUAUGACACGCACCUCAAGAGGGAACCGCAUUGCUUGCAUGUUUGUGCGCUGCUCACCGAACGCCCGCUACACUUUACUGUUCUCUCAUGGGAAUGCGGUGGACUUGGGACAGAUGAGCAGCUUCUACAUCGGCCUGGGUUCACGCAUCAACUGCAACAUCUUCUCUUACGACUAUUCUGGUUAUGGAGCCAGUUCUGGAAAACCAUCAGAGAAGAACCUGUAUGCAGAUGUGGAAGCUGCAUGGCAUGCACUCAGGUCAAGAUAUGGCAUCCGCCCUGAGAACGUGAUUGUGUACGGACAAAGCAUUGGCACCGUCCCCUCUGUGGAUCUAGCGUCCCGGUACGAGAGCGCCGCAGUCGUCCUCCAUUCCCCGCUCACCUCUGGCAUGAGAGUCGCUUUCCCCGACACCAAGAAGACAUACUGCUUUGAUGCUUUUCCAAACAUUGACAAGAUUUCCAAGGUAACGUCACCAGUCCUCGUGAUCCAUGGUACAGAGGAUGAGGUCAUUGACUUCUCCCAUGGCCUAGCCCUUUACGAACGCUGCCAGCGCCCAGUGGAGCCGCUCUGGGUAGAAGGAGCCGGACACAACGAUGUGGAGCUGUAUGGACAGUACCUGGAGAGACUCAAACAGUUUGUGGCUCAUGAGCUCGUCAAUUUGUAGUGGUUAGAAAUGUGAGAGGAAAUGCGGGAAGAGUUGAAGAUUAAGGAUUUUUUUUUUUUUUUUA